GGGUAGAAUAAAGGCUGCACCUCCCCACCCCAUCCCCAUUUCUCUGCUUCCUGGCUCAUCAUGUAGUCACUCCUCCCACUGCUCUAGCCUUAGUAGGUGCUCGAACAAAUGGAGACACCUGAUUUUGCACCUUGAACCUACAAACUGCAAGCUGAAACAAACCUUCUUUCUUAAGAAGCUCUUCUGAGGUAACCCUCAGAAAUAUUAACCUCUGAAGUCAUGGCUCUCUCAGCCAGCAAAACAGGACCUUGUUGAUAUCUGAAGCCUCUGUCAAAAAGGCAAUUUCUCAUUUCCUUUCCAGUUACAAUUAUUGAUGACAAUUAUGAAUAUGCAGCUGGCCCAGCCUUUCUGUCAGGGAAACAGAUGGCCUUUUUCUCCCUUUCAGGGAAAUUUUACCUCCUCUGAACAAACUGGAGAUUAGAGAAGUUUGUAGAAGGACUUCCUCCAGAGACUGCUUUGACUUCCAGUAGACAAUUUCAGUCCUCAGGGGCCACAUUCCUUAAAUUGAUGCUGGUCCAGGCCUACUCACUGCUUGCCAGAGGUGUCACAGCUGAUUUGAUCUUCAUUGUAAUUCUUGAAGACUACUGAUAUUAGCCCAUGGAUUAGUUCUGUUUCUGUGAGGAAUGUAAAUCACAAGUGCAGAUUGAUUUUCCUUCAGCAUUAUUGGGAGAAUAGGUUGGAAACUGGCACCAAAGGACUGGCUUGCAGAGUCACUUCCAGAUGCAAAGAAGAUGAAAAAACAAUAAAAUUCAACUUUUCCUACAAAAGAUGUGGGCAAGAGGGAACAAGGUAGAGGAUCCAAAAGCCACAUUUUUGAGGAUCAACGGGCUAAAGGGAACCUUGAGUGCUGCAAGCAAUCAAUUUGAGUUCUGCAAGAUGGGCUCAUUAAAUUAACAUGAAAUGCAGGAGCCUUUGUCAAUAGCAUACAUGUGUGAUCUUAAGCUGGAUUAAUGAAAGAUUCAUUGGUGUUCCAUCUCAUAUUGACUUUGCAAGCUUGAAUCUCUUGUAAGUGACUUUUAUAGAUUACAGUCCAGAAUUUCUCCAAUGGAGGCUGCGGUGGUCAGCGUGGCUCAACAGUUUGUGAACAGCAAAAUCCAGCCUGGGAAGGUGGUGGUGUUCAUCAAGCCCACCUGCUCCUAUUGCAGGAGGACCCAACAGAUCCUCUGUCAACUGCCCUUCAAACAAGGGUUUCUGGAAUUUGUCAAUAUCAAUGCCGCCAGAGACACGAGAAAGAUUCAAGAUUACCUGGAGCAGCUCACCGGAGCCAGGACAGUGCCUAGGAUCUUCAUCAGUAAACAUUGUAUCGGUGGAUGCAGCGAGCUGAUAGCCAUGCACGAGAAUGGGGAACUGUGGAUGCAGCUGAAGGGGAUCCGUGCCCUGCAGCUAUGACAGAGCAGUCCCCCAACUGAUGCACCCCCUUGAGAGCCGGGUGGCAUCGCACAGGAAGACAGCCCUUCCUGGUGGGUGCGAUUUGGGCGAAAAAUUCUUCUUUGGGCUAGAUAUUAUAAAAUGGGCCAAAUUUCCCCUAAGCCUGGGGUCCAGAAGGUUGAUGGACCGUGUUGGUUUCCUUCUGGGUUGACUCUUAAAGCACCAGAGGUCCAUAACAAGUUCUGGUUUAGAAUUCACUGACCCAAAA